UAAAUACACACGCAUGCUCUUCACCUCACUGCAACACCUUAACACACCUGACUGCAACAGACUCUCUGAAGCCAGAGCUCACACCUACGAAACAGAGACAUGGCCUCUCGAGUUGCAGCUCUGCUAUUGCUGGGUGUCUUCUGUGUUGGGUUUGCAUCAGGUGAGAUGGCGGUGGACUGCUGUCUGAGUGUCGUCAGUAAGCAUUUGCCCAUCAAAGUCAUCGUAAACUACAAAAUUCAGGAGGCUGGGAAAGGCUGCGAUAUCAGUGCUACCACGUUCAUAACAAAGGCUGGAAGAAAACUGUGUCUCCCCCACCCCGACGAUGAAGAAUGGGUGAGAAAUCACAUUGCUGCUCUGGACAAGAGAAACCCGAGACAGCAAUAAGUCAAGUGUAAAGAGGAGUGAAAAAAAGGGAAAAGAUGGCUGAAGAUCAAGACAGACCGACUCUAAACUGAGAGCUGAAGAAGCCUGAACCCCUUCCAUUUCUGCUCAGAGCCCAUGUUGUACUGUAGAAGAUCAAAAUAGUUUGAGAAAAUCAAACCCGUAAGAUCACUGAAGAAUCAUCACUUCAUCUGAAUUAUGAUGAUUUAUUUUAUGAGCCGUCAUGCCAGUGAAUCAUAGUGUAAGUAUAAGUGGCUAAAUAUACAGUUCUGUAUGUGUUUCUUUUGUGGUGGUGUAAAAAACUCUUUCCUUUUCUUUAUUAUUCCUAAUGAGAAAAAGAUUUUGCCUUGACAGUGACAAUGAAAUCAAUCCUGUUGUUUGUUUGUUUUGUUUUUGUUUUUAUCAUAAGACUGUGAGGCGCUUGUGGAACAUUUCACUUUGACAAUCUGUGUUUAUCUUUUAUGAUACAAUUUUAGAGCUGUUUUAAUCAAAACUUGUUCAGUGAAAUGUUGAUUUAAGUAUGUGAAAACUAUUGUUGAGACUUUCUCUAAAAUAAAGUUUGAUAUUAUUUUUUAAA